UAGGCCCCAGCCCUGGAAGGGGGUCCACCUGGCCUGGCCCCACAGCGGCAGAGUCCCUCCCCUCCCCCACCCCUCUCAGCGGAGGCCCCACCUGUCCCUGAGAGUGGGUACUAUGAAAAGGUAAAGGCAGCUGCUGCAGGGACCCCCACCAGCCGUGUCCACCCUGACCCCUGGGGUGGGGCCCAUUUCACCGUCUAGACCGCUGGCUCCGGCUCCUGGCACAGCCCCUGGGCAUGGCCAACUACUACGAGGUGCUGGGCGUGCAGGCGAGUGCCUCUCCCGAGGACAUCAAGAAGGCCUACCGCAAGCUGGCCUUGCGCUGGCACCCGGACAAGAACCCCGACAACAAGGAGGAGGCCGAGAAGAAGUUCAAGCAGGUGUCCGAGGCCUAUGAGGUGCUGUCCGACUCCAAGAAGCGCUCCGUGUAUGACCGCGCGGGCUGCGACAGCUGGCGGGCCGGCGGCGGCGGCGCCAGCACCCCCUACAGCAGCCCCUUCGACACGGGCUACACCUUCCGCAACCCCGAGGACAUCUUCCGUGAGUUUUUCGGCGGCCUGGACCCCUUCUCCUUUGACUUCUGGGACAACCCGUUCGGCAGCGAGCGAGGCGGCCGCGGCCAUGGCCUGCGAGGCGCCUUCUCGGCGGGCUUCGGCGAGUUCCCCGCCUUCAUGGAGGCCUUCUCGUCCUUCGACGCCCUGGGUCGCAGCGGGGGCAGCCGCACCACCUUCUCGUCCACCUCCUUCGGGGGCUCCGGCUCCGGCAGCUCGGGCUUCAAGUCGGUCAUGUCGUCCACGGAGAUGAUCAACGGCCACAAGGUCACCACUAAGCGCAUUGUGGAGAACGGGCAGGAGCGUGUGGAGGUGGAGGAGGACGGGCAGCUCAGGUCGGUCACGGUCAACGGCAAGGAGCAGCUCAAGCGUGUAGACGGCAAGUGAGCGCUGGCCGCCCACCCACCCGCCGCCAGCGCCGCUCCAGGCCCACACACAGGCUCAUGGCCAAUAAAGUGCCCAGUGUGUUCACUGCA